AUGAGACAAGGAAUUCUAGCAUUGGAACUGAUUAUAUUUGUAGGAAUUUGUGUUAUAAGAGGUGGUAAUCGUGGAAUUGGCCUAACAAAUUAUAAAUACAGAAAAUGGGUGGACGUUUCGUCAGUGACUUAUUUUGUAGUAAGAGUUCGUUUUAGAAAUGAUUCGAUGUCAAGAUUUGGUAUUUGUGUAUACAAGGGCAAAGAUCGGUGGUUUGAAGUUAAAUUAGGACCCGACUUCGUCGAACUUGUCAAUGGCAAUACAACAAACAUAACGUAUAUAAAUACAACGCUAGAUAGUGGUGAAAUUACACCGCUCUGGAUUCAGUGGUAUGAUCAUGGAACAACCGUGGGCCAUGGGGAGAAAGUUGGUGUUGAUAUUCUGUCAUCUGGGAUUGUGAAUGGAUCUGCUGAAAAUGUGACUUCUAUAGCUUUUAAUGGUUUAAAAACUGAACUACAAAUCUCGACUUCAGUAGGGUACAGAUGUUACAGCGGAUUUAAAAUGAUACCAAUGGACGAGGUUAAAUUCACACCUACCUUGCUGAACUGUGUCUCUUUUUGUCAAAGCAAAAACUUUGCUAUGGGACUGAGUUACGUAAAAUCUACAAGCAGUUGUAAAUGCCAUAUAGUAUUCGAUGGAGGAGAUGGAUUCCCUCUCACCAAGGAAAUAGACCCUCUUUCAAAAUCGUGUUUUCAAUAUAAUAUAUAA